CUCCAGACGUGACGCGCAACAAAGCAAACGAGGAUGGCCCUAGCGUACAAAGAGGUGACUCGUCGAAAGACGCUCUUCCUUCUCCCUUUGAUAGGCCGUAUCUUGCAGUGGACUGUUCGGUGCUCCGACCAACAUGGCAUAAUUUGACUUUUAAAGACGGUUUUCCGAGCUCUGCCACCCCCGCUCGCUGAUCAUCUGCCAUAUCCCCUCCGAGCCCCUGCUUCUCUCUCAUACAGCAACUUCUUCUCGGAUCCGCGCCACUGAGCCUCACCCUCGAUGCUCAAGCCCUCGUUGCAAAAGAGGUUGAGGGCGCGCUCUCCCAUGGUCAGCGACGCGUUCAUGAACGGCGAAGACGAAGACGAUGAUGGCUCGGACAUAUUCGAGUAUCUAUUCAACAACCCCACCCACCGUAGGCAACUGAGGCGCGACGGUGGUAUGAUAUCUCGCAGGAGAGGCGGAGUGGAGGAGAACAAUGGGGGCGACAGGGAUGCGGGGAGCGUCUGUGGUGGCGAGGCCUUUUAUCUAGAGGGCGGAAAACUGGGACGGUGCGGUAUCGGCGGCGAUGAUGAGAGUGCACGCAAGCGGCAGAGAAUUGGCUCAAGCAUCAGAGAGGGCGCCACUGGGAAAGAUCGACCGGAGACCUUCGAUCUGUUAGAGAAUCCGGUGGGAGUUAUGCAUGAAGUAUGCAAACGCGCCGAGCCGUCGCUCGCCCUCAACCUCGUACAGAGCGUGGAGGGGAUGUCGGCGGACUCCCUCGCCGGAGACCCUUUCCGUUUGCGUACGGUGGCAGAAUCACUGAUCCAGCCAAGCGCCGCCUCCGACGCCAUCUGGAUGAGCAGCUGCGCUACCGCGCAAGGCCUCCCGCCCAUCCCGGUUGAUGUCUCCCGUCAAGAGUUUGUGAGGCUGGUGUACAGCAAGACUUGCCGGUUCUGCAACGCGAGGAAUAUCCAAAAGAUCCAUUGGGCGGCGCGCGUGCGCGUGUGCAAGGCAUGUCUGGAUAAUAGAAACCACUUCGUCAAUGAGGCGAAGGCGCUAGACGAUCUGGAGGGCAUCCAGGGCGCAUGGAUGGGGUCCCUCCUUCGACUGUUACCCCCGAUUGUUACUGGAAAGAGCCAGAAGGCGCGCAUGACACCCAAGUAUAUGACGCUGUCUAUCGACGAGCUCAUCGACGACUACGAGCACGACGAGGUCAAGAGUAUGGGUCGGGAGGGCCAGAAGGCGUGGUACGCCCGCAAGCUGCAGGCCAUGGAGGCUAUACAUGAGCACGCCAAGGUCUGCGAGCGGUGGUACGAGGAGAAAGAUGAGGACAAGGCGGUUCAAGCAGAUGCGAUCCGGAGGCAGCGGAGGACAGACAUCGCGCAUCGCCUGACGACCGAUUUGGGCUGGGGACAGGAACUCCAGCAGCCCGGUGUCCUCGACGAGCUCUAUAAAUAUCCGUGGGUGAACAUGGCGAAGCCGCUUACAGAUAAUGCGUGGAAGAACAUGAAAGGAAGGGUCGUCAAGUUUCUACAAGAGUUGCGCGCAAAACGGCUCGGGCUCACUGGCGCUGCGCGGGAGAUCGAUGAUUUGAAGACGACCAAGCUGUGGCGCUAUGCUGCGAAUCAGCGUUAUGGUAUUACUGAAUGAGAUACGUACGAGAACGUCAUUAUUGUCCUACCCUUUCGAGCGCUGGCUUAUUGCUCAGCGGCGCAGCACACAUGCAGUAGACUCGGUACUAGGGUUGCGUAUAGACAUAGUACUACCACAAACUUAGGCUAGGAUUUUAGUAUUGCAUAUCGUCGAGGCGGUGACGAACAUCUGGUGGCCGCCAACUAUACGAUGCAGCGAAGUUCCUAGACGAGAUCAUUAAGAAUUACUCUUGCCCUCCUUCUCCUUCUGCAAUCGCUUGUCCCGCAUGCGGCGUACAUAGGAUACGAUCCUGCUCUUGAUGUUCAACCAGGCUAAAGGACCAGUUAGCAUGACGCUCCAACGAUCGCCACCCUAGUACAGGCACUGCCUCGCGAGGCUGCUGAAUAGGAGAGCUCGGUCCCGCCUCGAUGAUACAGCUCUCGCGAG